AUGCCUCAGAUGGAGAGAGGAGAAGGAGGAAACCGAAGUACACCUCACGGAGAAAGGAGAAGAGGAAAUCAAACAUCCAUCACAGAAUUCAUCCUGCUGGGAUUUGGGAACCUCCCUGAACUGCAAAUUAUUUUCUUCUUGCUGUUUCUAGCGAUCUACGUAGUCACCAUGGCUGUGAACAUCCUCAUUGCUGCACUGGCUGUGACUGAUCAGUGCCUUCACACCCCCAUGUACUUCUUCCUGGGAAAUUUGUCCUGUUUGGAAAUCUGCUACUCCUCUACCAUCCUGCCCAGGAUGCUGGCCAGCUUCAUGACCGGGGACAGAACCAUUUCUAUUACAGGCUGCAUGGUUCAAUUUUUUUGGUUUGGUUUCCUAGCGACUGCUGAAUGUUAUAUGUUAGCUGUGAUGUCUUAUGAUCGGUACUUAGCUAUAUGUAAACCCCUGCACUAUACAACACAUAUGGAUGGCAGGCUCUGUAUGCAGUUAGCAGCUGGAUCAUGGCUAAGUUCAUUCAUAUCUCUUUCCAUAUUAGUAUCUUGUAUGUCACAAUUAGCCUUCUGUGGCCCUAAUGAAAUCGAUCACUUCUUUUGUGAUCUCACCCCAGUGAUUAACCUCUCCUGCAGUAACACAAAUCUGGUGACCAUGGCGACCCUUAUACUCUCUUCCAUAAAUGUUGUUCUCCCAUUUCUUUUGACUCUGGCAUCUUAUGUUUUUAUCAUCUCCACCAUCUUGAGAAUCCCUUCCACCACUGGGAAGCAAAAGGCAUUUUCCACUUGCUCCUCCCACCUAAUUGUGGUUACAAUUUUCUAUGGGACCCUAAUAACUGUCUACAUGUUACCAAACAGCAAUGAACUCACAGCCCCAAACAAAGUGUUUUCAUUUUUCUACACUAUCUUGACACCCUUGAUCAAUCCCCUCGUCUACAGCCUGAGAAACAAAGAGGUCAAGGAGGCCAUGAGGAGAGCUCUGCAGAAAUGUAGGGUUUUCCCAUGA